CCCUACGGCUUCCGCGCCGCGUUUCCCACAAUGCAGUGCGGCUGAGCGCCUCGGGAGCCCGCGGGGGCAGCUGUGGCGGGGACCCGGGGCUGAGGAGGUGGCUGCUGGAAGCGGGCUGCGGCGGGCCCGCGGCGUCGGGCGGUGCGGAUGUCGGGCUGGGCGGACGAGCGCGGCGGCGAGGGCGACGGGCGCAUCUACGUGGGCAACCUUCCGACCGACGUGCGUGAGAAGGACCUCGAGGAUCUGUUUUACAAGUACGGCCGCAUCCGCGAGAUCGAGCUCAAGAACCGGCACGGCCUCGUGCCCUUCGCCUUCGUGCGCUUCGAGGACCCGCGAGAUGCUGAGGAUGCAAUCUAUGGAAGAAAUGGCUAUGAUUAUGGCCAGUGUCGCCUCCGUGUGGAAUUCCCCAGGACUUACGGAGGUCGGGGUGGGUGGCCUCGUGCUGCGAGAAACGGGCCUCCUACAAGACGGUCAGAUUUCCGAGUUCUUGUUUCAGGACUUCCUCCAUCAGGAAGCUGGCAGGACCUGAAAGAUCACAUGCGUGAGGCUGGGGAUGUCUGUUACGCGGAUGUACAGAAGGAUGGAAUGGGGAUGGUUGAGUAUCUGAGAAAAGAAGACAUGGAGUACGCUCUGCGUAAACUGGACGACACCAAAUUCCGCUCUCACGAGGGUGAGACUUCCUACAUCCGAGUGUAUCCUGAGAGGAGCACAAGCUAUGGCUACUCACGGUCACGGUCUGGGUCCAGGGGCCGAGACUCUCCAUACCAAAGCCGGGGCUCGCCACACUACUUCUCUCCUUUCAGGCCCUACUGAGGAGGUGGUGGGAAGGGGCUCUUCAGAUGAGCUGAGCUGCUUUGUGCUCAGAAGCUACAUUCCAGAUUGAUAAUUUAGUGUCUUAGGAAAUUUUUUAAAAAUUUCUUUCCUUUCCUUUUUUUAUAUUUUAUUUUUUAAGGAACUACAUAAUUUUGAUUAGAGCCACCAUACUAGCAGUGACAUGUUUGAGACUGCAGAGAUAGAAGUUGUGGCUUUGGUUCAGGAACAAGUUGUAUAUUUUUUCACCCCUGAUUAUGGGACAGAAAUCAGUGCUGCAUCUUUGUGGGUUGCUCUGCUCUGGAGAUCGGCAGUCACUAUGACCGAGUUCCCCAUUUUGUUUAGAAAUAUAUUUUAAAUGUUUAGUAAUUGUGUGCAGUUGUCUUUGAUUGAGUAUGUAGGUUUCAUCUGACAGGGACUGACCAAAGAGAAGUGAGUUGUCAUCGCAGUUUGUAAGGAGCAGAAACACCAUCACUGUGCUGGAGUAAUGGUGGCGAUUUUAAAAAUCCAACACCAAAGCCAGACUCUUUUUUAUUUUUUUUUAAGAUUGGUUUUUAUUUACAUGCUUAUGCCACAUGUGCCCACAGAGGCCAGAAAGACAGCAUCAACCCCUGCAGAGCUGGAAUCCCAGGAGGUCAUGGGUUGACGUGGGUGCUAGAGCCGGACUCAGCUCAGGCUGGAGAAUAUGAAGAGCUGGGGUUUUGUUUCUUUGGUUUUUUUUUUUUUUUUUUUUAAAUUUUUGUUCUUUUUCAGAGAGGGUUUCUCAGAAUAAUUCUGUCUCUGUAGAUCAGGCUGGCCUUGAACUCAGGGAUCUGUUUGCCUCUGCCUCCCAAGUGCUGGAAUUAAAGACACUCACCACCACACCUGGGAUAGGACGUUCUCUUAAUCACUGAGGGAUCUCUAACCCAGUUCAGAGUUGUUACAAUUCAGAACUGACAUUGUAGAUGAAACAGCCUGUAACAGGAGGUCACUAAGGUGGUUCAUGCCUCUAAUCCUUGUGCUUGGGAGGCUGUAGCAUGAAGCUAGCCGUGCACUCAAGACCAGCCUGACUUACAGAGAGGCCCUAUCUGAACAAACAAAAAAAAGUGUGGGGGAUGUACGGAGAGGCCCUAUCUGAACGAACAAAAGAAGCUGUGUGGGGGACACAGGCAUUGCAGAUAAAGGAAGAGAAAUAAUGAAAAAAAAAAAAAAGCCAGGGCUAUUUUUAACAAGUUCUCUUUUCAGAAAGGAACCAUUUGGCUGGAGUUCAGAAGCAUGGUGUGUAUGUAUGUAUGUGUGUGUGUGGGGGGGGGCGGGUUGUCGGGUGUUUAUGUAUACAUAAGGGGUGUGUGUGUGUGUGUGUGUGUGUGUGUGUGUGUGUAGAGAGGGUCUGUGUUAAUGGACACCGAGUAUGAGGUGGGGGUUGGUUAGCUUUCUGAAUUAGGAGUCCCCAGGCGGUGGUUUACUUUGAUUCUACUCAGACCUGUCCAUAAGCUGAGCCCUCUGGUAGGAAUAAGGUAGGUACCCAGAAACAGAUGAUUGGCUGGCUCUCAAGCCAGAGAAAAAGAAACACAGGUCAUCUGUCUCUUACAUAUAAACAGAAAAGUCCACAUAGGCACAUUUUUGACAAGAUAGUGUUUUUUAGGGACAGAUGAGGGAGGGAGACGUUUUCCAUACAGAACAGGCCUGAGUAUUUGCUUGAUUUCCUUGGAAGCAGGCUUGUGGUUUUCUGUUAGCUGGGUGUUUUCCAGUUCUGUCUUCGGAUCAAUUACCAAGAAAUCAUAAAUACCAGUCUAUACUAGAAUUCACAGUAGCAAAUGACCACCCUUGUAAGUCCACCAUGUUGACAGAGUGCCCCUUUCCCAGAAUAGCUACUCUGCUGUGGAAGAAGGAAUCUUGUUUACCAUGUCUGGCAAAGAAAUAUUACCUGUUUGAAAAAUAAGAAGAAUAUUAUAGUUGAGCCUGAUGUCCAGCUGCCUCUCCUAAACUAACUGGACAUGUGGAUUUCGUGGAAACCUGAAGAGAAACUGCAUUUCUUUAGUUUCUCCUAGAAGACAGGAAAUCCUGACUCCUGAAUUUCAACUGCGGCAGAAGUCUGUACUAUGGGCGUGGAAGUUUGAGGACAACUCAUUAGGGUCAGUUCUCUUCUUCCACCAUGUGCGUCUUAAGGAUCAACCUAAGAUCAUCAGGAUUGGUAGCAAUUGCCCUCACCCGCUGAACCCACCACUACUGCCGACUCCUUUCUAUUUUCUCCCCAAAUAAAUUAAUGAAAUGUU